GCAAUAAAAAUCGAUAUCACCGUCGUUCGCCGCCGCGAGGUUAUGCAGUGGACCCGUGCGUCUCACCUUUGCGUCUCGUUCGUUCACCCGGCGGAACAAAAUCGUUUGCUCCGGAGCGUCCGCCGAAGAUAUUUCAGCUGGCGAUUCGAAACUCGCCGGAACGACGUCGCUUUGAAACCUAACCUGAUUUGGCGACGUGAUAUCGACCGAAUCGUCCCUCACGCAAAUAAAUUCCGUAAAUUCUGUUGUUAGGUAGCAGAAAUGUCAGGCAAGCGAUCUGCGACAACAGAAUUGAAUCACGACAACUGGAACGAGGAGAACGAACCAGAGGAUGCGGGGACGUUUGCAAUGGCGUCAAAUGAUAUACUCGAGAAGAGGGUUAUAAAGACAGCGAGGCGUCGUUUGCCAUCGAAGGAUGGAAGUCCCACGAAAAGUGCAUUUGGAACAUUUGCAGGUUUCAAAACCACACCUACGACAAGUAUGUCUCCGUUUAGUUUUUUAGCUGGUUCAACCACCGCUUCUAGUACGACUACUUCCACAGCGUCAGCAGCGACGACUGUAAAUACAAGUAGCAGGCAGAUUGCGAGCAACGGUGCUCCCAAGAUUUCGGAAAUUGAUGCAGAUAAAAGAGAGAAUACCGCCAAGUUACAAACACCUUCGAGCACGGGUGUGAGCAAAAAGAUUUCAACCCAGCAAGGAACUGAAAAGACGAAGAAUCACUCGUCAGAUUAUUACUCGAAACUAAAGGGACUGAAUGAAAGCGUCGCUACAUGGAUAAAGAGCCAUGUAGACGCAAAUCCGUUUUGUAUAUUGACACCUAUAUUUAAGGAUUAUGAGCGAUAUUUGAAAGAGAUUACAUCAAAAGAGGAACGUACUAAGGCGAAAACCUCGCAAACUUCGACACAGGCUGCGCAAAACGAUAGUAAACAGGACAUGAGCACGGAGACGAAAUCAGAAAAGUUGGCGUUUAGCAAUUUAAACUCUAAUACGAAGCCUGCUUUAACCGCGGGAGCAGAAUGGAAGCCCGAGAAGUCGAUAUUUUCCAAUAUUACCGCGAAUACCAAAUCGAUAUUCAGUAACACGGAACAGAAGGAAAGUCCUAAAUCCGUAUUUGGUAAUACGGAUGUAACUACCGAUAAGAGCAAAUCUAUUUUUGGAAACGUAGAAUCGAACGUCGCUAGUAAGAGUAUAUUUGGCAAUACGAACGUGGAAGGUAACCCUUUCUUACAUAAACCCACCGUUUCGGACGAUGGAAAUGCGGACGAGGAGGAAACCAAGUCCAACGCGAAGUCCGUUGCUCCUACCUUCCCUACUUUUAGUUUCGGGCAGAGUUCCACUGCCAGUAACGUGUGUGCUGGAUUUAGCUUCGGAAGUGCGAAACCAUUUUCGUUUGCUCCUCAAGCGGUAAAACCGCAAGAUUCCGAAGACAAGGCCGACAAUGAAAAUAAGGAAGAAGAAGAUGAGGAACCGCCGACGCCGGAUUUUAAACCAGUAGCUGAAGAAGGUGCUACUUAUGAACAAAGAUGUAAAGUCUUCGUGAAGAAAGACAACAAUUUUAGUGACAGGGGCGUCGGGAUGUUGUAUCUGAAACCGACGCCGAACGGGAAAACACAAUUGAUAGUACGUGCCGACACUGCUUUGGGCAGUUUAUUACUCAAUACCCUGUUGACUCAAAGCAUUCCCGUGAAGCGGAUGAACAAGAACACGAUAAUGUUAGUCUGCCUACCGAUGCCAGAUUCCUCACCGCCGCCAAUCCCAGUGCUGUUGAGAGUAAAAACUAGUGAAGCCGCGGAUGAAUUACUGGAGGCGUUGAAUAAGCAUAAAGAGUAGAAAAGAAAUUACGCAAAGCUCAGUUUGCGUAUCCAAACAAAAACAAUUUUUUUUCGACGUUAUCUCGCGAAGAAUGAAAUGAGUGCUAAUCUAUACAUAAUGGAAAAUUUGUUUAUUAUUAAUCAGCGUAACGGUUUCACAUCGAGCUUUAUUCAUCAUUCCAUAAAAUGUAAAUUUUGCGAUCGUCUAGGACUUUGAACAUCGGGAGUGAACGACGAAAAUUCCUGAAUAGAUAUCAAUGAUAAAUUUUUUCCAAUUGUUCAUAUACAGGUACUGAAUAAAAAUGUAAUUAUUUGUCUUGCUAGAUUCUACCUAAGAAGAGAUACAAAAAUUCAAUAGUUUCUAAAAAGAUGUCUCAAUUUACAUGUAUGACAUUAUGAAUCGGAAUGAGUGUUGCAAUUGUAAUCAAUAAUGUAAUAAUAAUAACAAUUGGAAAUAUAUGUACAUAGUAGAAAUACAAUAGUGUAUAUUACGAACAAGGCAGUUUGCUUGUGACAGCUGGUGAAAUAUUCUGUACUAUUAAUUACAGAAAUAAUUGUACUGUUACUGAAGUUAAUUACAAGUUCAAAAAAAUUA